AUGUCGACCUUCCAGCCCGAGUUCGAGUCAACACAGCAAUUCGACACGGCCACCCAGUCGCUGCAGCUGCCCAACCUUCGAUCCAGUGCACAGCGCUUCAGCUACUACAACCCGCCCCAGCCCGAGAUGCACAUCGACUCGUCCUUCGUACGCGACAGCUUCCCAGACUUUACCGAGAAGUCCCCAUCACCCUCGCCCGAGGCCUCCUUGUCCAUUGAAGCAGGACGCGGCAAGAAGGGCAGCCCCAAGAGCUUCGACAUGUCCGACAUUCCACUGCCCAGUGACAGCUUAUACGACCUGCACAGUACUCCGCCGAGAAGCACGCGUCCUACACCCAGGAAGACCGACAGCCUGAGGAAGGAAGCUUCGUUGCGACGCGCUCAUUCCAGUGACAAGAGAGCCAAUGCUUCUCAGCGCCGUUCCUUGUCCGACAUGCACCACAAAGUCCGCCACGAGAGCGACUCUUCAUUUGUUGGCGAAGACCGUCCGACUACUCAGACUGUACAACCACGAAACACGCGCUUUACUUCGGCAAACCUACCCACCUCUUACUCUCACGACCAGGGCCUGCAAACUGCAUCCACUCCUCAGCGUCCGCUACAGAACCCUACCGCUACCUGGACCGGAACUCAGACUCAAGCUUCAUUCAUGCUUCCCGACCUUCCAAACAUCACCGAGCUUGUGUCCGGCGUUCGCAAGGAUGGCACUNCGGUGUUCUCGCGCUCACAAAAGUCGCGCUCGCGUUUCACUUCUGCAUCAUACAACAACCCUACCAUCACAAACACCAUCGCCCACGCAAACAUCAACUCGAUCGCCGUGCCCGAUGAAGAGAAAGCAAUCUUUGCUUCUCUACAGCUUCUCAAGGACAAGGUUGCAAACCUCGAAGCAGAAAAGAGCGAAUCUCAAAAGAGGCUCGAAGAAUACGAGACAGAAGUUGGUCAGCUCAAGUCGCGCCUUGAUGUUGAACAGAAACUGCGAAGGCCCGACAGUGCACUGGGCGAGGACGAUGAUUCUAGUGCCAAAGAAAAAUGGCGCGUCCAGAGAGCUACGUUGCAGUCUACCAUCAAAACUUUGCAAGAACGUCUCGACCGUGGUGAGCGCAAGCUUUCCGUCAGUGACAUUGCCGUCAAACGUUUGACGCAAGAACGUGAUGAUCUGGUUACCCAACUUGGCGUUGCUUACUACAAUUCCGAGGAGUUUAAGAACGAGAACAUCCAGUUACNNGCGACUCGAACGAACAUUUGGAAGCUGAUGUCGAAGCUCUACAGGCCGAGAACAGUCGUCUGCGCGUCAGACUUGCUCAAAUCAAGGCUCAAUUCAAUGAAGAAACACAGCAGUGGAACUCACGCGAAUCGAAGUCCAAGCAGUCCAAGUCACGCUCUGCUCAAGACAACGAGCAGCNCUGCAAGCAAGCCCAGAUCCAGCGGAAGACUUGGCCAGGACACCAAGCACAAUAUUCUGGAUAGCAUCGAGAAUGAGAUCAAGAGAUCGCGUUCCACUGCUGCACCUGCUAAUCUUCGCUCUCGCUCUCGUUCCAAGUCCAACACCCGUCAGAACACCUCCAAGCCUCAACGCGUCGUCGACGUUAGCGAUGUUGACUCGACAACCAAUCUGGACUUCUCUAGACCAAUCGGGAAUGGACCCACAGAGAAUGACGAAGACACUAGAGAUAUCACCUACCUGAGCUUCCUUGAUCCUAGAGAGCUGGCAAAACUGCGAAAGACCCUCGAGGAAGAACGCCGUUCUUCGAAGACAGCCCGCGGUGCACCUGCACACCAAACACAGGAGAAUGCGACUUCGACCAACAUGACAGCUGUACCUCGCAAAUCUUCUCUUAAGGAUAUCACCAAUAACGAUACAGGACGUUUCACAAUCAGAUCUCAGGUCGACGAACAUACUGGCCUUCUCAAGAACGUGCGUAUCCAAUCGCCUAACACAUCUGAUGCCAUAUCGUACUCUGAGCCAAGAGAGUCGAUCGAGGCAUCGUUCAUGAGCACUUCGUCACGCCGCAGGAAUCGUAGCAAGAGCAUCGAGGAGAUGACCUCUGCCUUCAUCCNNCUUCCUGAUAUCACUCUCCAUACUGGUCCGGGAGCUGAAGCUACGAUGACAAACGCAGUCGGUGAUAUCUCUCACGACAACUUGAACUGUACUGCCUGCCCGGCUCUGGAUUCUCAGGACAAGGAGGUCACGAUCCCCCAGCCGAUCCCUGUCUCUGAGCGUAACAUAGACGACACAAACGCCACCAUUCGACCCUCUCAACCACCACCUGUAGCGCUAGCAACUGUUCUUAAACAACUCGAAGACGAGGUCAAGCACCUCAAACUUCAACUUCAGAGUUACGAGAAGAUGUACAACAAGCACGAUCCCGCUCUCGGUCGCCGCAAGCGCCUUGCUGUGAAACAGAAGAUGGACGCUCUGAUGGCUGAGAUUGAACGCCGCAGCGAUCAGAUUUAUGCUCUUUACGACGUGCUCGAGGGCCAGAAAUCACCUACCGCAGACACAGAUGGCGAACAUAGACUAGAAGAGAUGGAUGGCGAACAAGUGGAGGAAACAUUGCAGAGCUUGGGUAUUGAUGUUGAUGAGUUGGCACAGAGAGCUCGGGAGGUCAAGGAGGUGCAACAUCGUCAAUUUGGUCUUGAUGGACUCGAUGAGGAGAGUGACGUUGAAUUGCCUUGGGGCGGUUUCAGUGACGAGAGUGAGGUGGAGGAGGUACAACUGCCCAGAAGACGUACGAUGAACAGGGCUGUCAGUGCCUAG